CCACUCGUCAUUUCACUGAAAUAUUUGCCAUUUCCAAAUGAUCUGUUACCACAGAGGUUUCUGACCAAAACGUGUUGAUAUCCUUCAUCUCUCUACGAGAAAAGCUACUCUUCAAGGAAAAAGUGGUCAAGUUCCUCUGCAAGAUAAGCAAAGCAAUCGAAAAAGAACCAGCACAUCUAGUACAAGUAGCACAAAUAGCAGAUAACCCAAACAAGUACAGCCAUGGUUAGCAAUAAUCCAGAAGAUAUUGUCAUAUCAGGUCUUGCCUGUCGUCUACCAGAGUCUGAUAAUGCUGAAGAAUUUUGGUCCCAUUUGAUGAAUAAAGAGGACAUGGUCACCGAAGAUGGUCGACGAUGGAAACCUGGACUCCAUGGAUUACCAAGACGACAUGGAAAACUAAAGGACUUAAAACAUUUUGAUGCUACUUUCUUUGGUGUCCAUGCAAAGCAAGCACAUAAAAUGGACCCACAACUGCGUAUUUUACUGGAAUUAACAUAUGAAUCCCUCGUCGACGCUGGUGUUGACCCACAAACUGUGCGUAACUCGAGAACUGGUGUCUUCAUUGGGACAAGUGCAUCGGAAGCUGCCGAAGCAUUCAGCUCCAACACAGAAGAAAUUGUUGGUUAUGGCAUGACUGGUUGCUGUCGAGCCAUGUUUGCUAAUCGGGUAUCAUUUGCCUUUGAUUUCAAGGGUCCUAGUUUUGCCAUAGACACAGCAUGUUCGUCAUCUCUAUUGGCAUUGGACUGUGCUGCACAAGCAAUUAAGUCUGGUGCUUGUGAUGCUGCCAUAGUUGGAGGUGUUAGCCUGACUCUGAAGCCCAACACCUCGCUAGAUUUCCUCAAACUGAACAUGCUUUCACCUGAUGGUGCCUGUAAGUCUUUUGACGAGAGUGGUAAUGGUUAUUGUAGGUCUGAAGGUGCUGUAGCAAUAUACCUGGUAAAGAGGCCUGUUGCCAAGAGAAUCUAUGCUCAUGUGGUUAAUUCUAAGAACAAUUCUGAUGGAUACAAGAAUCAAGGUGUUACCUACCCAAGUGGAGCCAUCCAGAAGGAGCUCCUACAACAGGUAUACUCAGAAGCCAAGAUCAACCCCGCAGAUGUUGCAUAUGUCGAGGCACACGGCACAGGAACAAAGGCAGGAGAUCCCGAAGAAGCCAAUGCAAUCACAGACGUGUUUUGUAAAGGCCGUCCCGCGGACUCCCCUUUAUUGAUCGGAUCGGUCAAGUCCAAUAUGGGUCACCCAGAACCUGCCUCUGGCCUGGCUGGGGUCACAAAGGUCCUUCUUGCUAUGCAACAUGGUGUUCUGCCUCCUAAUCUGCAUUACAAGAAGCCAAAUCCUGACAUCCCUGCCUUGAUUGAUGGAAGGCUCAAGGUGGUCACGGAGCCAACUGAAUGGGAGGGAGGCCUUGUUGGAAUCAACUCCUUUGGUUUUGGUGGUUCCAACGUCCACGUGAUACUCAGAUCUCCUAAUAUCCCACAAAGCAAGCCGCUCCAAGACAAACACCAAGUCUGUGUCCCAAUUUCUGGCCGCAACGAAGAAGCUGUCAAUAAACUUAUUGAAUUAGCCAAUAAGAACCAGGAUAACGAAGGGUUAUUGUCUCUUCUCGGGGAAAUAUCUGCUACUUCUACCAACUCGUUCCUAUAUCGUGGGUACACAGUUGUUGGAUGUGAAGGCAAGGUACAGGAGGUGGCUAAAGUCAAGAAUGGUGGACGACCCGUGUGGUUUGUGUGCUCAGGGAUGGGAACACAAUGGAAAGGAAUGGGACAAAAGAUGAUGAAGAUACCUUUGUUCAAGCAAUCGGUGUGUAGUUCGUCCAAGUAUCUUAAAGAAUAUGGGUUUGAUCUGGAGAAGAUGAUUGAGGAUACCAACGAGGAUAUGUACGAGAACACCAUCAACUCGUUUGUUGGUCUUGCUGCUAUUCAAAUAGCUUUGAUCGACUGCCUCAAGGCUUUAGGUCUUGAGCCAGAUGGUAUCAUUGGUCACAGUGUGGGAGAACUUGGUUGUGCUUACGCUGAUGGGAGUUUUACGGCAGAAGAAGUUCUAAAAGCUGCCUACUGGAGAGGUCGAUGUGUAUCAGAAGCCAACCUUCCACCAGGUGCUAUGGCUGCCGUAGGUCUCACAUGGGAGGAGGUGAAGCAUAGAUGUCCCCCAGGGGUGGUCCCUGCGUGCCAUAACGCUGAAGACACGGUCACCAUCUCAGGUGAAGCCAACAUCAUGGCCAAGUUCGUGCAAGAACUGAAGGACGAGGGAAUCUUUGCCAAGGAAGUCAACACGUCCGGCGUUGCCUUCCAUUCUAACUACAUGGCUUCCAUUGCACCAAUAUUGAAAGCUUGCCUUGAAAAAUUCAUCGUCCCGAAGAAGAGGUCUUCAAGAUGGCUUAGUACGUCUAUACCAGAAGAAAAAUGGAGCAGUGAGCUUUCGCAGUACUCGUCCGCUGAAUAUCACGUGAAUAAUCUAGUUAGUCCUGUUCUGUUUCAAGAAGCUCUGAAGAAAAUCCCAGACAAUGCUAUUGUGAUAGAAAUAGCACCUCACUGUCUGCUGCAAGCCAUACUAAAAAGAUCCCUUAGCAACGACGCCUUGAGUAUUCCACUGAUGAAGCGAAACCACAAGGAUAACGUCGAGUUCUUUCUUUCCAACCUUGGGAAGAUUUACAUGCAGGGUAUAAAUAUUAACCCUACUUCUUUGACCUGUGAAAGGCACCUACCGGUUCCUCUUUCCACAGCUUCUAUCGCGCCCCACGUGGGAUGGGACCAUUCUCAAGAAUGGGACGUCCCAUCGUCAGAGCAAUUUACCUCGAGCAGUGGAGGCGGAGGUACGAACUCCUGUCAGUUCGUCAUCGACUUGUCGUCUUCCUCAAAAGACAACUACCUGGAAGGUCAUUGCAUAGAUGGUAGGAUCCUAUUCCCUGCCACAGGCUAUCUAGUCCUAGCAUGGCGAGCACUAGCCAAGAGCGUUGGUCUUCUUCCAGAGCACAUGCCUGUUACAUUCGAGGACGUCCACAUUCAUCGUGCCACGAUCCUUCCUAAAACAGGCACUGUCACUCUCACUGUCCAUCUGAUGCCCGCCUCUAACAAGUUCGAUGUCUCUGAAGGAGACAACUUGUCUGUCACUGGAAAGAUUCACAUCCCUGACCUACCCGUGUUAAGUAAGAACUUCAAGGAAGCGCCACACUUGGUUGAAGAAGUCCACUUGACGUCAGAGUGUAUAUAUAAAGAAUUAAGAUUGCGUGGAUAUGAUUAUGGACCGACUUUCCAGGGCAUUAAGGGAGCCAACAGCACAGGAACGAAAGGAGAGCUCCUUUGGAAUGGUCACUGGAUAUCAUUCCUGGACACCAUGCUUCAAGUGUCUGUCCUGAGGUUACCUGGUCGUGGUCUUAGAUUGCCAACACGUAUUCGAUCUCUAAGGAUUGACCCGUCCAUACACCUGGAUAUGAUCAAGAGUGGCUCUUGCGAGGUCAAAGUUGAUCCAAAGAUGGACAUGGUCGUUGCAGGAGGAGUGGAAAUGACAGGUCUUCACGCUUCUGUUGCCCCAAAACGACAGGAUGGUCAAACAGCUGUUCUCGAAGAGUUCACCUUCGUCCCAUACAUCGACGACACGUCCGCCACAACCACUCCAGACAAAGACAUUGAAUUUCACGAUGUCUUGGGCCAUGGACCAAUGCUCAAGGUUAUGUUGGACGUCGUUAUCGAAAACACCAAUACAACGAACCUUAGCAUAUGCGAACUCAGCGCAGUGGAAAGUCAAGUAUAUUCCCAUGUUGUACCACUGGUUAAUCUUCAUCCAUUGAUGCAUCUGAACUACACAGCGACUGACAAGACCCAAGAUCUUCUGUCAAAGAUUGAGGAAUCUGCAACCGAGAAAGGCGUGGAGAUGUGUGUGUGGAACACCGUGAACAAGCCACCAGGAAGCAUGGGAAAAGUUGAUUUGGUCAUAGCUUCAAAUUUCUCUCAGAAUGCUGAAAGUAUGUCCCAAGUCAUAGGUAAUAUAAAGUCGAUGCUGUGUCCUCAAGGAUUUCUCCUUGUUCACGAAUCUUCUCCUGAAGCAAGGAAUAAACUACAAAGCUUGAUGGAAGUAGCAGGCUUUGGAUUAGCUUCGAUAAAGCAAACCCUGGGUAAUUCCAGCCUUAUUUUGUAUCGACUCCUCCGAGAAACCAUUGAUAAGGAACCAGUAGUGAUUGAUAUCGACGAUUCAUUUGCCUGGGUGCCUGAUCUUCACAGUAAGUUCAACACUGGCGAUGGUUCUACAAUCUGGCUACGAGCUCGUGGUCCUUCGCAUUCAGGAAUCGUCGGGAUGACAAACUGUCUUCGUCAGGAGCCCUGUGGGGAAAGAAUUCGCUGCCUUUUUGACGGUUCAAGCAGCGGAGAGGACCUAAUGAAGAGGUUUGAGGAACUCCGUAAGCUAGAUUUAGUAAUGAAUGUAUAUAACCACGGAAAACUUGGAUGUUACCGUCACUUGCCCAUGGGAGGUGAAGGAACGACCAGCGAAGAGACUGAGCAUGCUUAUGUUAAUGUCUUGACUCGUGGUGACUUGUCUUCCCUCCGAUGGAUUGCAUCCCAUCUGAAGUACGCGCCCGGCAAGGAAGGCGACAGAGAGCUCUGCUCCGUCAACUAUGCCUCGUUGAACUUCCGUGACAUCAUGUUAGCAACUGGAAAGCUUCCUCCUGACGCGCUCCCAGGAGACCUCGCUCAACAAGACUGUAUUCUUGGCAUGGAAUUCUCAGGGAGGAACCAGAGCGGCAAACGCAUCAUGGGGUUGCUUCCAGCACAAGCGCUGGCAACAACUGUCUUGGCAGAUCAAAGAUUCACCUGGGAGGUACCUGACACCUGGAGCCUGUUGGACGCAGCUACAGUACCUGUGGUGUACUCCACCGCUUACUACGCAUUGAUUGUACGUGGGAAUCUUCGUCCAGGCCAGUCGGUGCUUAUUCAUUCUGGUUCAGGAGGAGUUGGUCAGGCUGCUAUCUCUAUAUGUCUUAGCAUGGGAUGUGAAGUGUACACUACUGUAGGCAGCAAGGAAAAGAGAGAGUAUUUGUUGGCCACGUUCCCCAAUCUUAAGGAAGAAAAUAUUGGAAAUUCUCGAGACUUGUCGUUCGAAUCUAUGGUAAUGCAUGGAACAAACGGCCGUGGUGUUGACCUGGUCCUCAACUCCCUCGCCGAAGAAAAACUUCAAGCAAGUCUACGCUGCCUGGCCCGUCAUGGCCGCUUCCUGGAAAUUGGCAAGUACGACUUGUCUAACAACACCCCUCUUGGUAUGGCUCUCUUCCUCAAGAACGUCUCCUUCCAUGGUAUUCUCCUGGAUGCCAUUUUCGAGGAGGAUAAUCCGGAAUGGAAAGAGGUGUCUGAUCUUGUUACUGCCGGAAUUGCAUCAGGCGCGGUUCGUCCACUCAAAACUUCCCUUUUUGAUCGCGACGAAAUCGAAGAAGCAUUCCGCUUCAUGGCUCAAGGCAAACACAUCGGAAAAGUCGUCAUUCAAGUGAAACCUGAACACGAAUCCAGCUCAGUAGUCAAACUUAUUGCGCAUGCUCGAAGUAUGUGUGAUCCUAAGAAGAGCUACGUCAUCACUGGUGGACUGGGAGGCUUUGGUUUAGAGCUCGCUCAUUGGUUAGUCGAGAGAGGCGCGCGAAACUUGGUCCUCACUAGUCGAAGAGGUAUCCGAACUGGUUAUCAGGCUCGCCGCGUUAACGGAUGGAAAGAAAAAGGUGUCCGAGUACAAAUAUCAACCAACGAUGUUGGAACAAAAGAAGGUGCUUCAGCCAUCAUUGAAGAAGCCCAAGCACUCGGUCCACUGGGAGGAGUAUUCCAUCUUGCAGUUGUACUUAGAGACGGCUUAUUCGAGAACCAAACACCAGCCACAUUCCAGGAAGUCUGCAGGCCCAAGUACAAUGGUACUAUCUUCCUGGACAACCUUACCCGCCAGGAAGGCAUUGCCAAGGACUUGCACUGGUUUGUCGUAUUCUCUUCAGUUUCGAGCGGUCGGGGAAACGCUGGCCAAGCCAACUAUGGUUUUGCUAAUUCUGGUAUGGAGCGCGUCUGUGAAAAACGUGCUCAUGAUGGUCUUCCUGGGCUGGCGAUUCAGUGGGGUGCAAUUGGAGACGUGGGUCUCAUUCAGGAGACAAUGGGUGGCACAAAUGAAACAGUAAUUGGCGGAACACUACCUCAGCGCAUGAGCAACUGCCUGUCGGUGCUGGACCGGUUCUUGUCGCAGGCUCACCCAGUGAUGUCAAGCUUCGUCCUUGCUGCCAAACAAACGUCCAAAGGAAGCAAGAGCUCUGGUGGUGAUCUUGUUAGUGCUAUAGCAAGGAUUAUGGGAGUUAAUGAUGUUGAGACGAUCAACCCUGAUACAACACUGGCUGAUCUCGGUCUUGAUUCAUUGAUGGGCGUAGAAGUACGUCAGACUCUGGAACGAGACUACGAUAUUCAACUGGCCAUGAAAGAAGUGCGCUUACUGACCGUUAAUUCCCUGCGCGAUCUUGCUAAAGAAGGUACCUCUAAAACAGACAACGAACCCCAACAAGAAGUCAAGCAAGGUAAUGAAAAAAUCAACAAAGUUAUUGGUACCCAAGUGAUACCACACUUCACUAAGCAAACUCUCCUUAAGCUGAAUGACAUUAAUAACGGCCACAAGCCUUUGUUCGUGGUGCAUAACAUAAAUGGAUCCGUAGAACCUCUCAAAACAUUGGCAGCCGCGUUGACCUGCCCUGUGUUUGGCCUGCAGUACUCAAUGGACGCACCCAAAAAUUCAAUUCAAGAUUUAGCUGCAUUCUACAUCAACAAGAUCAGAGAGGUUGUACCACGUGGUCCCUACCGCCUAUCAGGGUACUCCUUUGGCGCAUGCGUAGCUUUGGAGAUGUCCAUACAGUUAGAGAAGACGAAAGAAGUGGAGAGUCUUGUCCUGAUGGAUGGCUCACAGGAGUACGUGGCUGCUCACACCAUGUGGCACCGCAAACGACUGACGGUAGAAGAGGAUUCCUGGAAGCCAGAGGCAGUAGCUGAAGCUCUGUGUAUCAUGGCAGGGCACUACGCGAAAGUCGACAAGAUUAAACUAAUGAAGGCUAUACAGUCGUUGGCAACUGUUCAGGAACAGCUGGUUAUCACUGUUGAUGCCAUCGCUAAGGUGAACAGCUCUAUCAACAAGCAAGACCUAUUGGUGUACUUGACCUUUUUCUUGGACUUACUGCGCAUGGGUGAACAGUACAAAUCGACAGCAAAGUAUCAUGGGAAUGUUAGUCUUAUUCGCGCCAAGACCACAGAUGAAAUGGGCAAAUCACUAGGAGAGGACUUUGGAGUCGGUAAAAUCUGUGAAGGGAAUGUAUCGAUCACAUGGGUUGAAGGCGAUCACGUGUCAUUCCUGCAGAGCAACAGUGCUGUUGAGGUCGCAAACAUGAUCAUGGCUGCUCAGGGAUAGAAAUAAAAUUGGAAGAGUCACGAACAGUUUGACGGACGACCAAUGAUUUACUUAAUGGAUAAAUACAACGCACAAAUCAAAAUUAUUUUUGUAAAUAUUGCACGUAGCUCGAAAGGUCAGUAUAAAGGUAAAAAGGGCUUUUGAUAUCGUUGUAGGAUAAAAACUCAAGAAAAGAUAUAUGACUAAGGAAAAAAAAUUACCUCGAGCAGGGAGGGAAAGGGAGGUCACUUGAUGUUAAUAUCACGUGGUUAGUCACGUGAACAAUACAAAAAAAACUUUAUCAACUCAACAGACGACAGAGAACUACAAGUUUUAAAAAAGUAUUGGAUCCAAAUCAACCCGUGCUCAAACUGAGUUGGCUUGAGUUGGGAAUCCUGUGUACAACUACUUACGAUAAUUUUUAAAUUAAGUUUUUUUUCAAAUUCAUAAAAACUCCGAAAAUUACAAUUAACAAGCUAGUCUUCAACGAAAAUAAUAAUUGAGCCAUUACUCAAAAAUAAAUUAUGUACAAAAAUUGUUGAUGUAAAUAAAAUUUGAAUAUCGUACCGAAA